AUGGAGCUUUUAGCCGAUCUCCGUGAAAGGUACGACAGAAUCGCCCUCAGCACCAUGGAUCCGGUUAGCUCGGCCAUCUUCUUCCACCGAGAAAUAUCCUUAUUCUUUGACAAGUACGUGAACACGGGCCAGGAAUCGAUCUUUGGAAAGAUUAGCCACUACUACGCCACGGUGGAAACGAACGAGCGAGGCAGCCUCCACUUACAUGGACUCCUCUGGCUGGACGGCAACAUGCGGUUACCGAACCUGGUAGACGAUAUGGCCAAUCCUGCGGAAGAAGGAUACCGUGCCCAAGUGACCCGGUACGUAGACUCUGUCUUUCACGAGUCACCGUGGAAGAUCGUCGACGAGACAGGGUUCACAGAGGACGGCUUGCUUCAGAUCCGGCGCAACCAUCCACUCGUCAAUCGGUAUAACAAGUCAUUGGCGGUCGGCCUUCGUCAUAACCAUGACGUCUCGAUGAUUUUGACACAAACCCAGGGCCUGGCCAUGGUGUACUACAUCACGAACUACGCCACCAAACUGGAUACGCCGAUGUGGAAACGCAUUGCUCUUGCCGCCGAGGUUGCCCGCCAACUUCGCGAAGCCGGUCGUCCGACGUCUCGCGCACCAGAUCCCACCCUGCCCGACGACAGGCAGCAGGCGGUAUUGAAUGAAAGCCGUCAAUUCCUGAUGAGAACGGCAAAUCGGAUCUUCUCCGAGCGACAACUCUCGGCCGUAGAGGUCUGUUACCAUCUCCUUGGAUAUGACACCGACUUUACCAACGUGCCGCAUUGGUCUUUCCUGAACCUGACGGCGCUCUAUUGGGCAAUCUUUCGGCUAUGGGCACAUCUCCGCCAUCAGGCCGGCGAGCUGACGGACGCUGAACAGCCCCGGAGACAAUCCGUCUGA